CUAGGUAUACUACGUAGUAUCCCCGCAGGAAAUUGGAAUUGCCAUUUGGGCCGUCCACGUCGUGCACAAGUCACACAACCAUGUCUGCACGACCUCUUCGGGAAGCGCCUCGAGAUCUCGACUCCAUCGCCAAACAAGAAGAAGGCCUGAUCCUGCCACACUUCACGGCCGACGACGCGCUCGAGAUCGGCCUGUCGAUCCGCAACCGCCUCCGCGCCCUCACGCAUUUGUCCGCCGUCGUCAACAUCUCGCUCGCGAACAGCAACAACCUCCUCUUCCACGCCGUCUCGAGACCGGGCGUGCAGCCGGACAACGACAUCUGGGUGUCGCGCAAACGGCGCACGGUCCUGCGAUGGGGCGUGAGCACGUGGUUCAUGCACAACAAGAUGCACGGUGACGAGGAGGCGUUUAAGAAGAAAUACAUGCUCGGCGAGACGGCGGGCCAGUACGCCAUCCACGGCGGCGGUGUGCCCGUCCGGGUCACGGGCGUCGAGGGCAUCGUCGGGGUCGUCGUCGUCAGCGGUCUCAAACAGUACGAAGAUCAUCAAUUGGUCGUCGAGGCCCUGGAAGAGUUUCUGGACGAUACUCGUACACAGAAUGAGCCCAGGGAGUCUAGGGAGCAAGCCAAACCUGAACAAUAACCAUAAUGGGCACCCUUCGGUCGAUGUCAACCUUCUGGAAUGCUGUUCUAUACUACCUAGUACGUAUGGUGGGCCUAUAGGAUGGCCCCUACGGCGUAAAUAUCGAGAUAAUUUCGACAUGGGAGAUGCUGCAUGAAGGGAGGAAUCACAAAAUCUGGCGGCUACCUGAGGAUGUUGGUCAGGAUAAUUGAGUGGUCUGGAGGAGAACUUAUCUCAGGCUGAAUGAGAUGGGCUGCAAACUUGUUAAGAUGUUGCUGCUCAGACCUUGUCGACCCAUAGCAUGGAAAGCAACGAUUGAUCCUGAAUAGGAUUUUACCACAGUAGACCGACUCCCUCCCUUUGGAAUAUUCG